GGCAGUUUCUAAAGUUGUGCUAGUUAAAGGGGACAUGCCGCGCGGCUUUGUUUUGGGAAGGCUAGUGUCUGGGGAGUGCGCUGUCCCUUUAAGAAGGGCAUGUGUGUGCAAAUGGCUGCAGCAGAGGGCUGGAUUGUGAGAUAGAGCUGGUGGAGCAGCUGGGCAGGGAGAGAAGGAGGAGUGCAGAGGGAGGAGAGACACAGAGUUUCCUCUUUCACUGCAAAUUCAAAAAAAAAAAAAAGAAGAAAAAAAAGGGACAGAUCUUCUCUAUUAACAUGGGGAUUCCUCCGCGAUCCGCGCAGCGUUCGGGGGCUUCAUUCCACCCACUGGCCGGGAGAGCUUGGAGUUUUGCUGAACUGGUUCUGGAGCGGGCUCCCAACACCCACUAAAACUGCCUGAGAGAGGAAAGGGUUAAGGGAUCCCCCCCCCCUUAGGCGCUGGAUUGUCCCGUGCCACACACCAGAUCCCGCUGGUUACAUUGUUGCACUGCUGUGUUCUGAUGUCUUGGGAGACGCUCCGGGAGAGCUGUGGGAGAGCUUUGGCCCGAAGCUGGGUUUGUUUCUUUUUUUUUUUUUUUUUUUUACUUGGAGUGUUUCUCAAGUCACAGCGAUCACUCCCAGGAAAAGCAUUGGUCUGCUGAGUGCAUGAUCUAAAAGUGAUCAGCAGAUCCCUCCUGCGGCUCGUGUGCCGGUUACCAACCCGGGAAUCUGGAAGUGACUGGAAUUACUUUGGGUGGCAUCGGCCCCUUGGACUGGCCACCCUAAAAGUUCAGGAACUCUCCUUUUUAUGCUUUUUUUUUUUUAUGAGGUCAGAUGCUGGAGAUUUUACUCAUCAAAGGGAACGUCCCGCAAGACGGCAAAUUCCUUUAUCUGAAGAUAAAAAAAGCCAAGAAUUGCACAUUUUGGAUUUGUUGAGACGUGCCUUUAUUUAACGCGCCGCAGGAGUCACAGGGAACAUACUUUUUAGUUCAAUUCAGCGGAUCUGAGCCAAAAAAAACCCAAACAAAACAGUUUACGGUUCAUAAAUUUCAAGAAGGGACUUUUAAAAAUACAUUUUUUUAUAGCUGUUCUAAGAUAUUAUUAUUUGAGUCGUAUAUAUUUUGGCUUAAGUUUUUUUAUAUUGUUUCGUAAUCUGAUUUAAUAUGAUUUACUCCAAACGGCUCCCGGGCAUUAAGUUAUAAAGCUGUUCCUCCAUAGUUUUUUUUUAUACAUAUAUAAAUUGGGAUUGUUUCAUCUGCCGACCGGACAUGGCGUCAGGAUGCGGCGGAGCGUCGGCAGCUGCCGGCAACAUGGCCUUGCCCUGGUACCACCGGGAUCUUAGCCGGGCAGCCGCUGAAGAACUGCUCGCCAAGGCUGGUAGAGAUGGCAGCUUCCUGGUGCGGGACAGCGAGAGUGUCUCCGGGGCCUACGCGCUCUGUGUUCUGUUCCAGAAGCACGUUCACACGUACCGGAUCCUGCCCGACGAGGACGACUUUCUGGCUGUACAGACGUCCCAAGGGGUCCAGGUGCGGCGUUUCAAGAAGUUGGGGGACCUGAUCGCGCUCUACCUGCAGCCCAAUCAGGGCAUGGUGUGCACCCUACUCUACCCCGUAGAGCGAGAGAAAGAAAAGGAUAAUCCGGAAGACCGGGAUUACUCGGAUGGGGAAGACGAGAAGCCCCCGUUACCCCCGCGCUCUGCCUCCGCCGGCUGUUCCAUGGGGCAGAGCUUGGUACCCUGUGGGCAGGACAUCAGCAUCCCAGAAAGCUCGACCAACGGACUGAGCACGCUGUCCCACGAGUAUCUCAAGGGGAAUUACGCCCUGGAUCUGGAGGCCGUGAAAUCUGGGGCUACGACCCUUCCCCAUCUCAACAAGACGCUGGUCCUCUCCUGCAAGAGACUACAUGGGGAGGUGGAUAAAGUGUUGUCGGGGCUAGAAAUUCUCUCCAAGAUAUUCGAUCAGCAAGGUCCCCCGAUGCUGUCAAAAAUAACCCAGCAGACCGCCAACCAAGCUGGUGAACAAGAACUCGAAAACCUGGUGGUUAAGCUUUCCGUGCUGAAGGAUUUCCUGUCCAACAUCGAGAAGAAGGCUCUGAAGGCUUUGCAGGAUAUGAGUAAUUCAGCCCAGUCUGCACCAAUCCCACAGUCCUGUAGGAAGACCAAAACCAUUCCAGUGCAGACCUUCGAGGUAAAGUUAGACAUGGCUGACCUCACCAAGAUUGUCAAAUCCCAGAAGUACACGUUGAGCGUAGACGUGGAAGGGGGAAAACUCAUCGUCACCAAGAAAGUGAAGGAGUCUCAGGAGGACUGGAACACGUUCUCGCACGACAAAAUCCGACAGCUGAUAAAGUCCCAGCGCGUCCCCUACAAACUGGGCAUCGUGUUCGAGAAAGAGAAGGACAAAACCCAACGCAAGGACUUCAUUUUUGUCAGUGCCAGGAAGCGGGAGGCCUUUUGUCAGCUGCUCCAGCUAAUGAAAAACAAACACUCGAACCAAGAUGAGCCGGACAUGAUCUCGGUCUUCAUCGGGACGUGGAACAUGGGAAGUGUCCCGCCGCAGAAGAACCUCACUUCUUGGUUCAGUUCCAAGGGUCUGGGGAAGACCAUGGACGAGAUGACGGUCACCAUCCCUCACGAUAUCUACGUGUUUGGAACCCAGGAGAACUCGGUAGCAGACAAAGAGUGGGUGGACUUCCUGCGAGGGAUGCUUAAAGACUAUACCGAGGUGGAUUACCGGCCGGUCGCCAUGCAGUCCUUAUGGAACAUUAAAAUUGCCGUGCUGGUCCGGCCGGAGCACGAGAACCGAAUAAGUCAUAUAAGCACAUCCAGCGUGAAGACGGGCAUCGCCAACACCCUUGGCAAUAAGGGUGCAGUCGGGAUAUCUUUCAUGUUUAACGGGACCUCGUUUGGAUUUGUCAACUGUCACCUGACCUCAGGCAAUGAGAAGACGGCCAGACGGAAUCAAAAUUAUCUGGAUAUCCUGAGGCUUCUCUCGCUGGGAGACAAACAGCUGAAUUCGUUUGAUAUCUCCUUGCGUUUCACUCACCUCUUCUGGUUCGGAGAUCUCAACUACCGGCUGGAUAUGGACGUCCAGGAAAUCCUGAAUUACAUCAGCCGUAAAGAGUUUGAGCCGCUGCUGAAGGUCGACCAACUGAACCUGGAGAAGGAGAAAAACAAAAUCUUCCUGCGUUUUAAUGAAGAAGAGAUCAUGUUUCCACCCACGUACCGCUAUGAGAGAGGAUCCAGGGAUACCUACGUAUGGCACAAACACAAACCCACUGGGGUACGUACGAACGUUCCGUCAUGGUGCGAUCGAAUCCUGUGGAAAUCCUACCCUGAAACACACGUGAUCUGCAACUCUUACGGGUGCACCGAUGACAUCAUGACCAGUGACCAUUCUCCGGUGUUUGGAUCGUUUGAAGUUGGAGUGACCUCACAGUUUGUUUCCAAGAAAGGUCUCCUGAAGGCAUCAGACCAGGCUUACAUAGAGUUUGAGAACAUUGAAGCCAUCGUGAAGACCGCCAGCAGGACCAAGUUUUUCAUUGAGUUUUACUCUGGGUGUCUGGAAGAGUUCAUGAAGAGCAGCGAGAACGACAGUCAGAGCGUCGAUAACGUCAACUUCUUGAAAGUACAGUGGUCGUCGCGGCAACUCCCAACGCUGAAGCCCAUUCUGUCGGAGAUUGAGUACCUGCAAGACCAGCACUUGCUGCUGACGGUCAAAUCCGUGGAUGGAUACGAGUCGUAUGGGGAGUGCGUGAUCGCCCUGAAGUCUAUGAUCGGGAGCACUUCUCAGCAGUUCCUCACUUACCUGUCUCACCGCGGAGAGGAAACGGGGAAUAUCCGUGGCUCCAUGAAGGUGCGCGUGCCUGCGGAACGCAUGGGGACCAGAGAGCGGCUGUACGAAUGGAUCAGCAUUGACAAGGAUGAGACCGGUGCCAUCAAGGGAAAACCACCUUCAGUAGCGAGACCGAAUCAAGACCAAACCAAAUCUGCGAGUCGGAAACAUCUGGGUACAGAGACACCGGGCCCCGCUCUCGGGAAGGUGUUUGAAGAGCCGGAUAAAGGGUCUUCCCAUGUAAACAGUCGCCCACCCAUCGGUUUUCCAGUAACAAAGGAAGACCCUUCAGUGGCACGGUGUAAAGGGGAGGCGCAGGCAGAGGGUGAAGGCCUUGCCGUAAAGAACAGUUUCAACAAUCCUGCGUACUAUGUCUUGGAGGGGGUCCCCCAUCACAUGAUGCCCCCUGAAGGACAGUUACCCUCUCCUGGAACGGCCAAGAAUAAAGUGCAAAUCACAGUGCCGUCUCUAUACUCCGAUAGGCGCAGACAGCAGCCGCACGCCAUGCGCGGAGAGGAGACCUCCUCCGAUGAAGAUGUUGGGACCCUCAAUCUUCCACCUCCCGACUUCCCACCGCCUCCUCUCCCGAAGUCUGCAGAGUUUGAGAUGCUGGACAAUCCUUUCUACGUCACCUCCGGGGAACUACAUUCCCGUCAGGGAGAAGAAGCUCAUCCGAGAGCCGUAACCGGCAAAGGCCGGGUAGGUGUCACCUUCAGUGAUCCCCCCGAGACCAAGUUUCCAUCCAAACCACACUCAAGGCCUCCCAUGCCAGCUCCCCAGCCCUCCUACCUGGCAGAGCCUCAUGGGAAUGCCCAAUCUCAUGCCAUGCAGGACGACCGUUCCUGUUCCGUGCUGCAGAUGGCGCGUACUCUUAGCGAAGUGGACUAUUCCGGCGGCAAGACGGACCCCCUGGGCAGGGACGCGCAGAGCCGAGGAUCUCACGCGCUUUCAGGGAAGAGCAAAAUGGACCUACCGCCGCUUUGCAUGGACUAUACUCGGCCUCUGGCCUUCUCGCAGCACUGUAUCAGAGAGAGCAUUCAGGAGGACCUUGCUGAGGAGGCGCUGUACCAGGGCGGACACAAUUCCUCCAGCUUGCGGGAGUCCAGCGUCGGAGAGUGGCUACGGGCCAUUGGGCUUGAGAGAUACGAGAACGGGCUAAUCCACAAUGGCUGGGAUGACCUGGAGUUCCUCAGUGAUAUCGGGGAGGAGGAUUUGGAGGAGGCCGGGGUAAUUGACCCAAACCACAAAAAGAUGAUAUUGGACAGUCUUCAGCUAAGGAAAUAGCUGGACUUCUCGAAAAGCCUUCCACUCGCGGCCUUAAGAUGCCUUCCGUGGCCUUGUGUGCGUCUACAAGCCCGUAUAUCACGUGGCCCCCGGUAGCUCACGGGUCCGUUGAGGUCCAUCUCCUAACCCGGGAUAGAGCUGUCUCUGCGCCCGACGUGCCGCUGGGGCAAUGGAGCCGUCUAGCCGGCCACUUUUGAGGCGUCAUGUCUCGUUUUUAGUGUAUUUCUGGAAAGGCAGAGGCAGCUCUGCGCAAGCACUGAUUCUUAUUGCUGUGUAUUUAUAAGCCAGAGCCUUCGUAGAGCAUUCUGUUUUACUAAUCUGACGUUUCUUAUCGUUCCGACUAAAACAUCCGCCGCGGCGGGCAGUGAUUUGACGAUCGCAAGGACAGCGGUCUUUUCUUCAACAAAAAAAACAAAAUGGCUGCUGGCAACCAUUUUCUAUGCUUUUGUAAUACUUCAUCUGGUCUUUUGUGAUUGUCACCUCAAGGAAGGUUCUACAGAAGCCGAGGAUCGUAAUUUCCAUGAAGAAGCCUCCCUGCCCUCUCCUGAGAUGUUUUUAAUUGUCUAAUAUAAAAGAUAAUAAGGAUUUUUAUUUUUUUCCCACUUCAUCUAAAAUUCUUUGUAGUUGUUGUUGUUGCCGCCGACGAUCUAUAACCAUCCGCCUCAUAGAGUUUAAUUGCAAAUCCUAUUAUUCAUUUCAGACCAGCAGGUGGCAUCAACCACAUCGAGAUAACUUGCCAAAAACUCAACAUAUGUGUCAGGUUUAAGGGAGGUGACCGGCAAACGUGACCCCUCUGGCAUGUCUAGUUUUAAUAUUCACCCCUGAACAGAAAGAUAUUAGAUACUAUAUAUAUAUAUAUAUAUAAUCGGCACUUACAGGGACCUGUACCAGCCUAGAUUGCAACUCCCAUAAACUUCAGCCAUCCUAAGCCUUUAUAUGAUAAAUAGUGGUGUAUCGUGGCUGGGCACCGCCAUAGGUCUGGCCUAGGGCAGCCCCAUUACUUACUUUCACAGCCUGUGUUCUGCUUUAUAGAAACAUGGUGCAGGGUUCAUUGUGGAGCCUUUGCCGGCUAGGCACGGUGCUUUAUAAUGUAUACCAGCGGCUUACAUGGGAGAUCAGGAUCUACUCAACCGGCCCGUGGAUCAUUGGUGCACUGGAGAACCUGGUCGGCUACCUGGGUGCGGUGCCCCGGGUCAUGCCCCCCUGGCCCAAGCCAGAAUAGGUUGCUGAUCAUAUACACAGCCAUACCUGUCCGCUUUCUGUGUGUAAAUGUGCAUCAUAUGCUCUUGUGGCAUUUAAAUGUAACCGUGAAACUCGUAUACUCAUUGAUUUUCAUCGUUAUGGUUGUGCAGGGUUCCAUCCGUCCAUGCCCAGGUGUAUGUGUUCGGACGCCAUUGUGUUCUAGGGUCGAGUUUUUCCUCCUCUGAGCCGUACGAGCCGUGUGUAUGUGUGCAUUUACAGUGACUUAAAGGGAAUUUUCAUUCUUCUACCCAACUUCAUGGCUCCUUC